UAAUUGUUUUAAAUUUCAACUAUUGGUUUUAUUUUUCUAGGACGAGCCAAAUCAAAUUGUCAAGUUAAAUCUAUGGAUGAGAUUGAAAUGGAAUGACUGCUUGCUAAAUUGGGACCCAAAAGAUUAUGGUGGAUUAGACAACAUCAUAGUGCCAAUCAAGAGAGUCUGGAUACCAGAUCUUACAUUAUAUGACAGCACCACUACAGAAUUCGGCGGAAUUAAAGACUAUAGGGCUCUUAUUUAUUCUGAUGGAACAGUUUAUUAUAACUUCCCAACCGUCCUAGAAGGUCUGUGUCCAAUCGAUGUCUUAAACUUUCCUUUCGAUACUCAAGUAUGUGCAUUAGUAUUUGGCUCCUGGAAUCACCAUGGACUAGAAAUAGACUUAUAUCCCAGACACAACCCUGGGGAUCUCUCAACUUUGAGAUCUAACGUUGAAUGGUUAGUUCCAAAGGUUGCAGUAGAAAGACACAACAUAAAAUAUACGUGUUGCCCGGCGCCCUAUCCAGAUCUCACUUUUAAUGUACAUUUGCAGCGCAAACCUGCUUACUACGUCAUCAACAUAUUGGUACCGUCAGUGAUGAUAACAGUUUUGGCUAUACUAGGAUAUUUUCUUCCGGUUGAUUCUGGAGAAAAGGUUUCACUGGUUAUCACAGUAAUGCUUGCAAUGUCGGUUUUUCAACUGUUAGUUGCAGACAAACUUCCACCAUCAGCUGAAUCAACACCUUGGAUAAUGUUUUUCUUCAAUUUUAUCCUUGGUUUAUCAGCGGUAUCCACCAUACUACAAGUGCUUGUUAUAAAUUUGUAUUACCGCGGUGAAAGAGAGAUAUCAACAUGCCUGAAGUAUUACGUCAUCAAACCUCUUUGCCAUAUCACAGGUGUUUCUAUACCUGGAGAAGAUCCACCGUCUUAUUGUAGUAGAAAGAUCCAAUGUUCCGAUUUUACAAAGCCACAAGAAGCAAAGAAUUCAGUGAUGUGGCAAAGUUUUUCUAUUGCAGUAGAUCGGCUUGGCAUUGCCUUGUUCUCAUUUACUCUUGUUAUUGGAAUUGCUACUGUAUUUAACCAAAUGACAGGGAGUUCCUAGACUACGUAUUGUGUGAAAGGAACUUACAAAUAUAUUUUGUUUUACUCGAUUUACUCAAACCCAUUUGUUUAUCCUGUUUUAAUGAAUACUAGAAUGUAUGUUAUUACUACUAUUUAAUCUUUUAAGUUCAAAGUUCUGCAAAAAACACGACCUUUAACGCAACGAUCAAAUGCUGAAGCUAAAAUUGUCAUUUGAAGAGUUAUAAUAAUUCACCACUUUAAAAUCUUUAGCACUUUUGGUAAACUUUUAAAAGCGUACACGAUUUUUUAUAUCUCAAUGUUCCGGUUUACAUGUAUUUUCCAUUGAUGUAGAUAUUCCUUAACCAUAUUCUGUGCAAUUAAAAGUAGCAAUUGUAACAUUUGAUCUAACCAAGAUAGCUGUUUGUUUUUUAUACAUACAUAUUUUCCAAAGGAUGUGCAUGUUUCUACUCAUGCUGGUCAUUACAAUAGCUUUCAAAUACACAUGUGCAUAAAUGUACUAAGAUAGCUCAACAUUCAUUUUCCAAAAACGUUGUUCCCAUUUUCAGUUAUGUCAUUUUUAGGAGACAGUCUGCUAUUUUGAACGUAUACAAUGUACAUAAAUGAAUGCAUGCUAACAAAAAAAAAAACUCUUCAAUAGAAAUGGAAUCUCAUGUUACUUGUAAUUGUUUUUUUUAAUAUAAUUAAUAAUAUGUAUAGACAUCGUUGUCAUUUUAAUGAAUAGGCUGACGUCACAGCAAUUAUUUAUUGUCUCUACUCUCUUUUGCUUAUUGAGAAUUAGAAUAUGUUUCAAUUGAAACAUUCGUAAGAAACAAGUUAUAUCAGCUGU